GCGUAGUCUAGCCUCGAGCCACGCGUUAAGGCUCUGUUGCCCAACAUCAUCAAUUACAUCAUUACAUCAUCGACUAGCCGCCACAAAAAGACAACAGCCAGCCCACCUACCGAAGUUGGGAUAUAUCUAGCAAAAUAGGUAAAUGCAAUGUCUUAGCUCCUCGAUUGUAGAUAAUGAACGCCGUCAUCUAAUUUGCCCUGCUUUUUUUUUUUAUCCCCUUUUCUCUUUUUCCUUCCUGUAUAGCUGCCUGUCUAGGUACCUACCUAUACAGAAGUUUGCAACACGGCAUCCUCGCUUUUCCGAUCGCCCAUCACAAUUAGUCUUCACCUCUGAGCCGCAUUGCCUCAUGGUGAUUCAAUCCGCGAACCUACUUGUCUGCUACAUAUUUCGAUUCCUUCUAUCUACCAUCUCCCUCGCUCAGUCCUCGUAGGCUUGCGGGCUACGACGAAAACACUACUAAAGUUCUCAGGUCUCAUUACAGUUGCUCAUUCUUCUGUAUCAAUCCUUGUGCUAGGACAACAACAAUCGAUCUGCAAAGGCUGUAUCCUACAAUCUAACCC